UGGAGAAAGAGCUGCCGCCGCCGUGUGCUUCGACUCCAGGCAGCUGCUGGCUCCGCUCGCAGCGCUCGGAAAGUUGGGUCAGACCUGAACCCCUAAAAGCGGAACCGCCUCCCACCCUCGCGCCAGCCGCCCGCCGGGAGCUGAGUCGCCGGCGGCGGUAACGGCGGACGGACCCGGGAGUUUCCUCUCGCGCUGGAUGGAGCUGAACUUUGGGCGGCCAGAGCAGCGCGGCCGUCCGGCGAUCGCUGUAUGCUGAGCUCCCCCGGCGAGACCCAGCGGCGGCUCGGGAUUUUUUGGGGGGCGGGGACCAGCUGCGCGCCGGCACCAUGUUCCUGGCGACCUUGUACUUCGCGCUGCCGCUCCUGGACGUGCUCCUGUCGGCCGAGGUGAGCGGCGGGGACCGCCUGGACUGUGUGAAAGCCAGCGACCAGUGCCUGAAAGAGCAGAGCUGCAGCACCAAGUACCGCACGCUGAGGCAGUGCGUGGCGGGCAAGGAGACCAACUUCAGCCUGACAUCGGGCCUGGAGGCCAAGGACGAGUGCCGCAGUGCCAUGGAGGCCCUCAAGCAGAAGUCUCUGUACAACUGCCGCUGCAAGCGGGGUAUGAAGAAGGAGAAGAACUGCCUGCGCAUCUACUGGAGCAUGUACCAGAGCCUGCAGGGAAAUGAUCUGCUCGAAGAGUCCCCUUAUGAGCCAGUUAACAGCAGAUUGUCUGAUAUAUUCCGGGUGGUCCCUUUCAUACCAGAUAUUUUCCAGCAAGUGGAGCACGUCCCCAAAGGGAACAACUGCCUGGACGCCGCCAAGGCCUGUAACCUCGACGACACCUGUAAGAAGUACAGGUCGGCAUACAUCACUCCGUGCACCACCAGCAUGUCCAACGAGGUCUGCAACCGGCGCAAGUGCCACAAGGCCCUGCGGCAGUUCUUCGACAAGGUCCCGGCCAAGCACAGCUACGGGAUGCUCUUCUGCUCCUGCCGGGACAUUGCGUGCACCGAGCGGAGGCGGCAGACCAUCGUGCCCGUGUGCUCCUACGAGGAGAGGGAGAAGCCCAACUGCCUGACUUUGCAGGACUCCUGCAAGACGAAUUACAUCUGCAGAUCUCGCCUUGCGGAUUUUUUUACCAACUGCCAACCGGAGUCAAGGUCUGCCAGCAGCUGUCUAAAGGAAAACUAUGCUGACUGUCUCCUCGCCUACUCAGGGCUUAUUGGUACAGUCAUGACCCCCAACUACAUCGACUCCAGUAGCCUCAGCGUGGCCCCAUGGUGUGACUGCAGCAACAGUGGGAAUGAUCUGGAAGAGUGCUUCAAAUUUUUGAAUUUCUUCAAGGACAAUACUUGUCUUAAAAAUGCAAUUCAAGCCUUUGGCAAUGGCUCCGAUGUGACUGUGUGGCAGCCAGCCCUCCCAGUUCAGACCACCACUGCCACCACCACCACAGCCUUCCGGGUCAAGAACAAGCCCCUGGGGCCAGCGGGGUCUGAGAAUGAAAUCCCCACCCACGUUUUACCACCUUGUGCAAAUUUGCAGGCACAGAAGCUGAAAUCCAACGUGUCGGGCAGCACACACCUCUGUCUUUCUGAUCGUGAUUACGAAAAGAACGGCCUCGCUGGUGCGUCCAGCCACAUAACCACAAAAUCAAUGGCUGCUCCUCCAACCUGUGGUCUGAGCCCGCGGCUGCUUCUGGUGGUACUAGCAUUUGCCACACUGGGUACCGCAAACAGUUCUACAUUCUCCUACCAAACAAAAGACACCAGUCUUGUCCAAAGGUAGUGUCUGUCUUCUAGUCAGUAAGGGAGGGGGGGGCAAGUGUGCAUGAACAUUUGCAGUACCUUGAUCACUGAACGACACUCUCCUAAGCCUUACCUGAGCGAGAAGCCCUUUAACUAACAAGAGUCCGAUAUAGCUGACAUGUCACUCUAAUACUCUUUACACGUAUGAAGUUAUAUGUAGGGAAAAAAUUUUACUACUAAAUGAUUUCAACUAUUGGCUUUCUAUAUUUUGAAAGUAAUGAUACUGUCUUCAUUUUUUACUGAUGAUUUAAUACAAGAUACAUAGAGCUUGUUUUCCUCUCUUAAGUCGUGUUCGCUCCGAUAUUAACUUCACGAAGACAGCUCUUCAAAGGCAGACUCUGAGGAGUCCGUGCUUCAGCAGAAAGCUCUGCAUCCCGUUACUGUGGACAGGCAGGAGGAAACAGAGCAGCCAGGUCUUGUCCUUUAUCAUUUCUUGACAUGCAAGCGUGUGUACCUGUGAGGAAACUGGCGGCCAUUUGUAAAUGCCUUGCAAAAUUCGAUGGCGCCUGUGCCAGUUGACACAAUCCAGUAUCUUGGUUUUCAUGUGGCUUGAUAAAGACUGGGUUUGGCUGGGAUGGGGGGCAGGGAGCUGAUGGCCUCCCUUCUGAAGCAGAUCCGUGCCAGCAUUCACCGUUCUGUUCCUAAGGGUUGUCUUGACUCUCAAUGGUGAUGACCUUGCCACUGUUUAGAGUGAUUUGGUCCAAAGGUCAUCAGGAACCUACUUGCAUCUUGUUAUGUGUCCUCCAUGACAGACUCUGACAGACUGUGCGGAAGGAAAGAAGGCUGUGGGUCAGGAGGACCAAUGACAGGUCUGUGGAGAUGAGUUGGCUGGUAAAGACACAAGGACCAGGACUCUGGAUACAAGGCAUCUGGCUUGUUCACUGCACAUCAUCUUCCAUCAUUCUUGUCCUUCAACAAGUAGACCCUGAAGUGCACUUUUAAAGUCUGGUUGAUGGCGACAUUCAGAAUCUGCAAUGCUCGAGUGCUAGGAGCCAUGUUUCUCCACCACUGAAUAGAGAAGAGGAGGUUCCACUUGAGUAGAGUGCCGGGAGCAUUAGCUCUCCCACAUCAGUAGAGGGGCCGGAGGAGGAGCCCAAGGUGCACAGUUCAUACCGAUCCCCUUUGCCCGCUGAUGUUUGCCUUGUAAGAAUUAAUCAAAUCCCUGGGGUGGGAAAUCUGUUUGAUCCAAGAUAAAGGCAUAGUCUUCUAGCUCUUAUUGGUGUUUGAAGUACAUUUAUAUCCAAAUGUUAAUAAACAUAAAUGUAUAAUACUAAGUACUGAGUUUUUUCAGUUCAAAAUGUUUUCAAGGGAAAUUCAUCAAAGACAUUUGAGUAGUGAAAGGUUUCAUAAAGACUCUUACUUUGAAUAAACACAUUAAAUGUGUCGAAA